UUGACCUGUAUUGUGGAAAACAAUUUCAGAUCUGGUAAAACAGCUGCGUUCGCAUUGCCAAUCCUGCAGUCAUUGCUCGAAACACCACAGAAACUUUUCGGCUUGAUACUUACGCCUACCAGAGAACUUGCGUUUCAAAUAGCGCAGCAGUUUGAAGCUCUUGGUGCCGGCAUCGGCUUGAUAGUCGCUGUCAUUGUUGGAGGAGUAGAUAUGACGACACAAGCCCUUGCUCUUGCUAAAAGACCUCACAUUAUCGUUGGUUCGUUGCCAUUAUAUUUUCUGUCC